AUGUCUGAUCAUUGGGCUUCGGAUGAAGAGUCCACCACCAGACCUCAGGCUCGACCGUCUUUCGAUUUACCAUCUGUUUGCGGAAAUAUUCUCGCAGAAAUUCCACAGCUUCAAACAGUCAUACUCUCAAGUCUAUCGAAAGUCACGAGGUUGGCGACUGUCCAUGCCCUUCCUUUAGAGCUCCUCCAACAAUGUUUUUCGGCGCUUGCCCAGGAUGAUCUGCCUCGUACAACCCUCGACGGGGUUCAUCUUGGAUGGAUAACGGUCUCCCACGUAUGUCGCGCGUGGAGAGAGGCUGCGAUGGAGCUGUCUAUGCUUUGGGGGAGACCUACCCUUGCACUUGGGCCUCGAUGGUUCAGAGAGAUGGCCCGACGAGCAGGAUCUGCACCCCUCAUCGUUCAUUGCACUUGGCCUUAUUCUCCUCGUCCGAAGCGGGCCGGCCCUUUCUCUCCUCGAAUGGUGCGGCAGACUAUUAUCGGACACAUGGACCAUUUGAAGGAGCUUAUAUCGGAACCGAAAUCAACAAUAUGUUACUCCGGCCUAGUCAAGGCGCUUAUUCUUCCUGCUCAUUCAUUGACGACUAUUGAAUUGCAUGCCUUUCCCUAUGGUGCCCCGGCUCCGUUCUCUCUACCUACCAAUUUCCUUGGCCAGGCAGCUCCUCGUUUACGCAAAAUUUCUCUCCACGGCAUCACAGGACAAUGGGCCGUGUCAUUGAGGCCCUUUCGCGACCUUCUACAGCUAAAUAUACUCGACGUCGGCCCCUCUCUUACGUCGUUCGAUGAUCUCCUUCACAUACUGGGCGCGAGUCCACGUUUGGAGGAGUUAUGCCUCCUCGGCGUAUUGACCUCGUGGUUUGAGUCUGCAGGUAGCUCACGCCGCCUGCGUCUUCCCCAUCUCCAAUGCCUGAUAUUGGACGGUUAUGCCGCCCCAUGUGCGGAGUUGAUACAAAUCCUGGACCUGCCUGACACGGUCAGAAUAAAUUUAGUCCCUACAUAUUCCUCCUUGGACGAUUGGCAACUCCUUUUCUCAGCUCUAGCCCAGCAUUUCACCUCUCGUCUGCCUUUCCGCCGACUCUCGCUGAUUCCUAAAACAUUCCGUUUUGCCAUGGAAUCCGCGCCAUACAAUGCGAAUGAGCCCGAACAUGACCUAUCGACAGCUUCAUCAUGCCCUCCGCUCUUGUAUUUAGAGUGCAUGGAUUCCAAAGCUCAUGUCAUUCGCGCGGCCUUGGGGAAUCUCCCUUACGCUGAUCUCACCGAACUCGUCAUAGCGGAUAGGUACUACGACCGCGAUCUGUGGACUGAUAACCUCCGCUCACUGAAACAAGUACGCUACCUUCGAAUCGAAGGGGACGGAUUCCACCGUCUUGCCUGUGCUGCUAUCGUAGACGGGGCGGAGAAAGGCGUCGAUUUGUUUCCCCAACUCUCAUUCCUCGAAUUACACCACACGAAUCUGAGUUCAGCCGGCCCGUUGGCUUGUGCAGCACUGAUAGCCAUGUUGAUUCGACGGAAGAACUUGGGUUCCCCAAUUGAAAGGUUCCACCUCACGCGUUGUGUAAUCCCCUCUCAGGUAGUCAGCGACCUUGCUGAGGUUGUACCGGAUAUCGUAGAAGUGAAAUGA